AUGAAUCUUGGAUAUCCAAUCAAUCCUGCUCGUGAUCUUGGACCAAGAAUCUUCGCGACCUUCAUCUACGGCCCGGAGGUGUGGACAUUCCAUAAUUAUUACUUCUGGAUACCUAUAGUAGCACCACUAUUUGGCGGAGUUUUUGCCGGAUGGCUUUACCACGUUUGCAUUGGUGCUCAUAUUCCGGAUCCACCAGAUCUCUAUGUGAGUAAAGAAGCUAUAGAGCCGCCGCCCAAGCCUGAAACUCGUAUAACAAGCGCUGACAAGGAGGAUAUAAACAAGGAAGGCAGCGAA